AUUCGAUCGGGGCAGUGCAUUCAUCAUCUUUAUAUCGAUUCUUGAUUUAAACCAUGAUGAGUGACUCCAUGCGACAUAUAAUUCUUGUUUCUUUUUCGCUGUUGAUCAAAUGAUCUGAUUACAUUAGUACUCGUUUCACUCUACUCUUACAUCUCAAUCAUUCUAGCUCAGCUACAGACAAGCUACAGCUACAGCUAUAGCUGAAAGCUCCCCUCAGCUGCCCCUCAUCUCAUCCCACUUCCCUUCUUCUCCUCCAUCUUCACAACAUACGUACGUCAUGGCUUCAGAACUCGCAACCCGCAUCGGCGACCUCAACCCCUUCUCCUCCAAAAGCCGGCGCACCAACGAUGAAGAUUUCGGCGAGGAGAUCGACAACAACACUGUCGCGGGCGGUGGCCACAGCGCCCGUCGCAUGGUAACAGACCUCAGAGUCAGCAGCGCCCUACGAGAGUUCCUCGUCAAAGAGAAGAUGCUCUCCAAGAAGGAAGCCAAGAUUGACUCUGAGGACUCGUCGCGCGAGCUCUUGGAACUCGUUAGCAAACCGCAUAUUCGCGUACCGCCUGAACUCAUGGAUAGGUCGCAUCCACUGCCGGAGUACUUUAUCAGCUCGAGCCAUAAUACUUAUCUCAUGGCGCAUCAGCUUUACGGGUCUUCAUGCGCGACUGCGUAUGAGAGUGCGAUCAGGACGGGGGCGAGAUGUGUUGAGAUUGAUGCGUGGGAUAAUAGCGAUGAUAGAGAUGAGCCCAAGGUCACUCAUGGGUAUACCCUAGUAUCCAACAUUUCGUUCCGUUUGGUUUGUGAGACGAUUCGCAACUCUGCGGAUCAAGAAGCUGUUGAUGCGCAAAAGUAUGGCUUCAGACCUUCGCCUAUUCUUCUGUCGCUGGAGAACCACUGCGACGCGUAUGGUCAGAUGCGCCUUGUCAAUAUUAUGCAGGAUGUUUUUGGGGAUCGCCUUUUGAGCAAGGCUGUUAGACAUAUUGGUCACGAAGAACAGGCUGGUUCGGAUCAACAUGUGAAGCUGGAGGAUCUGGGUGCAAAGAUUGCUGUUAUUGUUGAGUAUCACUUUACGGAUGAGCCUUCAAGCAGCGAUAGCAACUCGGAUGACUCGGAGGACGAAGAAGAGGAAAAGGCUGCGCGAAAGGAGUACAAGGAUAAGAGAAAGAAGGAAGAGCCCUCUAUCAUCAUCCCUGAGCUUGCUGAGCUGGGCGUCUACGCGCAGUCUGUCAAGCCAAUGGACAACUCGUGGUUCGAAGAGGGAUCUCUCGCCAACGGUCCCCAUCACCAUCUUAUCAACGUAUCUGAAUCAGGUCUGGCAUCUCAUCUUCCCGAGCACGCAUCAAACAUCGCCCGACACAACGCCCACCAUCUCAUGCGCGUUUAUCCCAAGGGCACGCGAAUCUCAUCCACCAAUCUCAAGCCCGUUCCUUACUGGGGAAUCGGAGCUCAGAUCUGUGCGUUGAACUUGCAAAACUUUGGUACCAGCAAUCAACUCAACGAAGCCCUCUUCAGCGGCACAGACGGCUACGUCCUCAAGCCCGCUGCUCUGCGCGCCGGCGGAAACGGAAGACUGAGCACAGGUCGCAGCAAGCGUCUCCGUCUUCACGUCGCAGGCGCAACAGAUAUCCCUCUGCACGGCGACUCAGAGGCAGACUCCAUCAAGCCGUACCUCACAUGCACGCUGUACCACCCUGAUAAUAUCAAAGGCGAUCCACCCAAGCGCAAGACAGAACCGUAUAAGCAGCACAAGCUUGAGUUUCUUCACAGAGGACCAAACCCGCCCCCGACAGAGCCUCUUUGGGAUGAGACGCUGACUUGGGAGUAUGAGGAUAAUGAGCUGACUUUCCUGCGUAUGCUUAUCAAGAGUGAUGAUAGUUGGACGAGGAACCCGAUGUUUGCUGUUGCGGCGGUGAGAUUGCUUUAUGUUGAGCCGGGAUGGAGAUUUAUUCGCAUGUUGGAUCUCAAGGGACAUGAGACGCAGUGUUCGGUUCUUGUGAACUUUGAGAUCAUUGAUGCUUAGGGGGAAAUUAUGAGUACAUGAUGAUAUGUCUAUGAAUAUGCGAUUUCCUUGUUAAUCUGUGUUUGAUAUGGACUGAGUGAUAGUCUUGCUUCUGAUACCUACCUUCGUUCAUGAUAUAUUUGCAAUAGAAUUAGUGAUUUAAUCUUUGCUUGCUCUAAACAGAAACAGCUUUGAAAGAGAUUCCAG